CUUCCAGCUGCAACUCAAGGUGUGAGCACUGUGGUGUCACACGGAAAUGACUCAGGUUCUCAAUGCUGACCUGCCUCAAUGGCCUUCAUUUGGUGGGACAUUGAUUUAUUGUCCUUGUGAGCCUCAAGUGACACCAUUUGCUCUUUCCCCAAGGGCUGGUAGGCGAGCAAGGUGACAAUUGGUGAUUGGACAUGACCACUGCUCUGCCCUGGGAGAGUGACACAUGCGUGUGACGGCCUCUCCUCAGCCCUUCUCAAAAUGUUUGUGCAGGAGCAGCCAUAAAUGCGGCUGUAUUGACCCGAAGAUGCAAUCCAAGGCGUUGGAGCCUAGGCCUUAUCUACAUCACCUUAUCAGCAGCGAGAGAGCGAGAUGCACCCCGGGAAGGGAGGGGACUGCACCGGAGGGUUUGGCCUCGUCCCUUCUGUCCUGGCAUGGGGAGGGGACUGCGGGCAGAGCUGGGUAAUGAUUUGUCAUCGCGAGGACCGGGGUGUCUCUCUUUGCAGAGAAACCUUGGCCGUGAUUGACAGUGGGGCUGUUUCUGCCACUUCCCUCGCUGUUGUCAAGUAAUAAUGAAGCUUUGUCAGUCCAUCAUGGACAUGGAUAUGCCAGAUUAUGUCGACUCCUUGGACUCCUCUUAUACCAUGCUGGAAUUCGACAACCUCCGCGUGCUCCCCAAUAACACCGAGGCCAUCGCGGCCGAGUCAGCGAACACCAACCUGCUCCCCAACGGUGUCAGCUCCCUGUGCUCCAUCUGUGGGGACCGGGCCACCGGCAAGCACUACGGGGCCUCCAGCUGUGACGGCUGCAAAGGCUUCUUCAGGAGGAGCGUCCGCAAGAACCACGUCUACUCCUGCAGGUUCAACCGACAGUGUGUGAUAGACAAAGACAAGAGGAACCAGUGCAGGUACUGCAGGCUGAAGAAGUGCUUCAGAGCUGGCAUGAAGAAAGAAGCCGUGCAGAACGAGCGUGACAGGAUCAGCAUCCGCAGGAGCAGCUAUGAGGACAAUGGCUCUCUCUCCAUCAACAUCCUCACUCAGGCUGAGGCCAUGGCACAGCAGUAUUUAUCCCUGAGCCCCGUGCACAGCACAGACAUUGCCAUGAAGAAGAUUGCCACCAUCAACGACGUGUGUGAGUCCAUGAAACAGCAGCUCCUGGUGCUGGUGGAAUGGGCAAAAUACAUCCCGGCCUUUUGUGAGCUCCCCCUCGAUGACCAGGUUGCCUUGCUCAGAGCCCACGCAGGGGAACAUCUUCUCCUCGGGGUAGCCAAGAGGUCCAUACCAUACACUGACUUCCUGCUAUUAGGGAAUGAUUUCAUCAUCCCAAUGCACUGCCCAGAGCUGGAAAUCGCUCGUGUGGCCACCAGAAUCUUGGACGAGUUGGUGAAGCCCCUGCGGGACAUCCAGAUCGACGACAACGAGUACGCCUGCCUGAAAGCUAUCAUCUUCUUUGACCCAGACUGCAAGGGCCUGAGCGAGCCGGGCAAGGUGAAGAACAUGCGCUUCCAGGUGCAGGUGAACCUGGAGGAUUACAUCAACGACCGCCAGUACGACUCGCGGGGCCGCUUCAGCGACAUCCUGCUGCUGCUGCCGCCCCUGCAGAGCAUCACCUGGCAGAUGAUCGAGCAGGUGCAGUUCGUGAAGCUCUUCGGCGUGGCCAGGAUCGACAGCUUGCUGCAGGAGAUGCUGCUGGGAGGAGCCUCUGCUGAUCUCCAGUACCAGUCAGCACCUCCCAGCCUCAACCUGGAACCACUGCCAGGACACGUCCUGCAAAGCAACAUGACCUCUGUGAUCCACACUGCUCCAGACCCAUCUCCUGAGACAUCCCUUCCAUCUCCUUCUGCCAGCACAGGCAGUGAAGACUAUAAACUAGGCUCUAGCGCGGGGCCCAGCACCAUAGUGCAGCUGCUGCCUCAGCCAGUGAUGCCCAAGCAGGAGAUUUUAUAGGGAGAAGGAGGAAGGAGGAGCUGGGAGCAGUGUGGGAUCCGUGCUGACAGUGAACCGGGCCCUUUCUCUUUGCAGAGGCCAAGCACAGCACGCCCCUGCCUGCAGCCGCCGCUCCCACCCUUCCCCGCCUGUGAGCCCAGGGACAGGGACAGCCCGCAGAGGAGCCUCGCCACGGAAUUCCCACCACCAGCACCCCCACGGCACAAGGAUUGGGGUGGGUGCCCUCCUCGGUAGGGCCAGGAGUGCCAGCUCGUCGGGUUUCCAGACUUUGUGAUCCCUGCUCGGUGCCACCGUGCCCCUUCCGUCCCGGCGCCUUGCACAGCUCCUGGAAACCCUUCAUGCACACAGCGUGGCCUGAAUUGGGAUGAAAAGGUCUAUCCCCAGCACAAAUUCUAACAAACUGCACUCCCGUUUCUCCUGUUACGCUUUAGGAAAAAUAUCAUCAUCAUCCUUAAAGGCCAUGGCCUUAUUCCACCCAGAGGGGCCUUGUCCCAACAGGGCAGCCAACACUUAAUGCUGUCCAGUUCUUUUUUAUAGAAAUGCCAACAUUUUGCUAUUUUCCAUAAUUUCCAGUAUAUCCAGAGUCCAUUUGUGAGGCAGUGGGUGGACUCUGCCUUGUGAGCACAUCUAACACCAGGCAGCAGCAAAGAUCUCUGCCUCUCACCACGGCUGCUGCUCUGGUAAACCCCCAAAUGAAGGCUGACUUAUCCCAAACCCUGCUCGUUAUCUCCUGCAAACUUCUACCGCAAACAUGUGCCCCAAAAUACCUUUUCCCAGUACACUGAUGUGAUUUUUCUGGAGUUUUCUGUUUCUUUCUAAUGUCUGCAAUGUGGCUCUAAAUUAGCCAGGAAAAGGAACAGGCAAGUCUGUGAGCCACUUUUUAUAAAAAGGGUUUGUAUUUAAAACAAAGUGCUUCUGCCUUAAUGGAAAAUUCAAUCAGCAGUUAAACAACAAAUUAAAUAAGCCCAGUGCUGACUACACAGCCUCAAGAGUUCCCCAAGUGCUGUCGUUGUGCUAUGGAGUUGAUUUGAAUGAAUGAGACCUUAUUACAAAGCAAAUGAUCAGAUUUCCACAAAACCUAAGCUCAUUUGUGCACCAACCUCUACCAAACAGCCACUGAGGGAUCAGGAGUGGCCGUCCUGAGCACUGGGACACGAUGGAGAAUUCCUGGCUCUGACCCUCUGCACAAAUUCCCAACCCACCCCUCCCUGCUGAUGGCAAAGCCGAGCUGGUGGAGCCCAGAGGGGCUUUGGGGAGCACCUGGAGCUGCUCAGCUGGAGGAAACACAAUCCCAGCCACUGAAAGGGAACUUGGGAAGAGCACCAGAGCUUCCAGCAGCAGGGGAAUUUCAGCACUGCCAUUCUGCAGCACCAGAGAGAGCUGAAAGCCAUCAGAGAGCGGCUCGAGUUUCACCUGGAUCAGAAUGUUUGCUUUUUCUCCUGCCUCUGAUGAAUUUGAGCUGACUUUUUAUGCUGAUAACCCUGAUUUGAAACAGCUCUAUCUGGAGAGCAUGUUCCACUGCAGGCAUUCCUGCUGCAUGACAGACGCAACUGUUCUGAGCCAGCACUGCUUCCAGUGCCUCCAGCAGCUCCAUUCCAUUCCUCUUCCAGACAUUAAAUGUACAUUUAUACUCAUUAAUGGUAAGAAAAUAAAUCUAUGGGGGAAAUAAAUUCCAUAUUCUUGUAUUUCA